AAUAGAAAACAUCUAGUGAAUAGUCAUAUCCAUCUCUCAUUCUUAAAUGGUUGACUUAGUCUGAUCACCAUGGUAACCUGUUUGGAACAUAGAUGCGGUAAAGAAGUCAAUUGAACUCGAGCAAAACAAUGGAAUUGCCAUGGAAAUAUGUGGGAGAAAAGGCCAUGGGGGGGAAUAAUACGUUUAGACUAUUGUUUAUAUGUGUAUGUCACAAUAUAUUGAGGUACAAAUCAGAGUAUAAUUCUUGUAUGGAUGUCAACCCUAACAAUAAAUGUUACUUUCCCCAAUCAACUGCAUUAGUUAAAAAUAAUUGACUAUCACCACCAAUGUCUGUAUGCUAGCUAUGCUAACCAGCUUAUACUAACUGGAGUUAGCAUUUAGAAGUCACUUCUCUACUUUUAAAUGUUACCUGUGAAAACAGCCAAAUAUAUCCAAAUCGGACUUAAGCAACCACAUUGUGAGCCUGUUACAAUACAUACAUUCGGAAAGUAUUCAUACCCCUUGACUUCCACAUUUUGUUACAUUACAGCCUUAUUCUAAAAUGUACACAUCCUGUAGCAAAAACAAACACCUCUGCACUGCUUUGUGAAGUGCAAGAAGUAUGAAUUCCCUGACUUCUACUGAGGCCUUAUCACCAUAAAUGCUGCAUGGCCAAUGCAGAUGUCGGAUUGACCAUUGUGCAUCUGGGCGCUCUAUGUUCUUCUCUCUCCAAAACGCUCUCUCUCUCCUGCCAAUUUGUGCACAUUCAUUGUUUCAUAACUUCAUUGUGUGAAUUGUUUGCGUUUGAUAUCACUUCCCCAUUACAUAUCACCAGUAGUUCAUUCUAACGUUAAUUCCUGUCAUUUCUAAUCUGCAAUGUUUUGUUACUUUGGUUACAGUAAUUUAUGUUAAUGGAUUCAAUAUAAUUAUUCCAGUAUUAUUGUCGGAGUCGACACGUUGUUUGCAGACCGCACAACCUAUGCUGCACUUGAGAGAAACGAGGUUUGGUUGAUUUCAUUCCAUUUAUGAGUUUUGUCAUUUUCGUCUUUUGUUUGGAGCCUCCUGUCAAUGUUGAGUAAGGACCCACAUGCAUAGAAAAUGAUGUACUUUUUACUCCAUACACUGACACCCAAAAAAAACUCAUUACAUUUGGAAUGCUAAGCAGGACAGGAAAAUGGUUCAACUCAUGCACUAAUCAAGAGGUCAUCCCUAGUGCCUCUGAUUUUUUUAUUUACCUUUUGUUUAACUAGGCAAGUCAGUUAAGAACUAAUUCUUAUUUUCAAUGAUGGCCUAGGAACAGUGGGUUAACUGCCUUGUUCAGGGACAGAACGACAGAUAUGUACCUUGUCAGCUCAUCGAUUGGAUUUUGCAACCUUUCGGUUUCAAGUCCAACGCUCUAACCACUAGGCUACCUGGUCAGAGACUCCCGAAACACUUAUUUCUUUGUAAAUUGUGUUGUAGUGUGCCACUGGCUAUCUGUAAAAUAAACAAUUGAGCUGUCUGGUUUACUUCGUAUGACAUUUGAAAUGAUUCAUACUUUUGAUAAUUAAUUAAAUUUGAGAAAUUACACUUUUGAUACUUAAGUAUAUUUAAAACUAAAGACUUGUAAUCAAAUAGUAUUUUACUGGAUGACUUCCAACUUUUACUUUAGUCACUUUACUUUUACUCAAGUAUGACGAUUAGGUAUUUUUUCCACCCCUGUGCAGCACUAGUUAGUUAGUUGGUUUUUCCCAAAGCGUAAUGAAUUCAGACGACAGAGUAGUAGGCUGAUACACAGCCAAUACAGUACGUAGCUGCAUGCAUCUAUAACAAUUGUAUGCGGACCGCCAUAAUACCAAAGAAGAAGAAGACCACUUCCUUCACCACAGCUUUGAGUCUGCUGCGUGAAGCGGAAGAAGUAUGAAUGCACUGACUACUGCGGAGGUUGCAUUGCUGUAAAUGCUGCAUGGCCACUGCAGACGUCGGAUUGAACAUACAUCGGGUUUUACUGGUUCGUUGCACGGACAGCGCAGCGGUAAUCCGUCUGGUAUUUACAAGGCUACACUUACUGGGCCUCAGACAAUUAACUAUCUGGACUUUCGAAGAGGACGUUGUUCCAACAGACUCUCGAGUAGAGUUAAGACGAACAGACAACAGGAUUAUUGGUGGAUAGGGUGUUGAACGUUUUAUUGACUCUAAUAGAUAAUGUAAACUAUUAUCCAGGAUCUUCCUGAAGUAAGAUUAGCCUACAUCAGACAUUUAUUUGUCACAAUUUAAAUCGAGCUGUGAUAUUUAAAAUUACGUUUGAUUGCUCUGGUCUGGCUGUUGUUUAUAUGCAUGCUAUGACAAAGAAUAACUAGUGUACGGUACACAUUUACUGUCCUUUUUUUAUUUGAAGAAACGUUGACGAAAGAAUAGCUUCGACGAUGGAUCGGGACAGAGCUAGUCCGUCCCCUUCCAACCUGCCGGAGUCCCCUGGUCACAACUCUCCUGGUAGCGCCUUACUGCUGGAUCUGAAGAGGGUGUCUGUGUGGCUGGUCGACUGCAGGAAAACACCAGGGCAGAGUGGAAUUGUGAGAGAAGGACACGAGGAGGGAGAUGAAGAUUUGAUUUCAUCAAGGGACAGCACUAACCAUUCUCUCAGUUGGAGGGGCUUGUCAUCUGCAGACCCUCAACAACAUUGUGUUGCUGACGAGACAGAGAAGUGUCUCUAUAGACCAGAGCACCCCAAGAAACACCAGCAGAGAUGUAUAGGGAAGAAACCUCAACACUGCUGCUCUGACUGUGGGAAGAGUUUCACUAGCAGGAGUGAUUUCAUUAUUCACCAGUGGAUUCACACCCGGGAGAAACUGUACUGCUGCUCUCAGUGCGGGAAGAGUUUCACUGCUUCUAACGUCUUCCAAUCUCAUCUGCAAAUUCAUGCAGGGGAGAGGCCUUACCCCUGCCUUGAUGGUGGAAAGAGCUUCAAUCAGUCAAGCAACCUGACUACACACCAGCUAACACAAACUGGAGUGAAGCCUUUUAUCUGUGAUCAGUGUGGAAAGAGCUUUGCGGUGGCUUCCACCCUGAGUAGACACCAGGUUACACACACUGGAGAGAAGCCUUAUAGCUGUGAACAGUGUGGGAAAAGCUUUGCUGUAGUUUCCUCCCUGAUUAGACACCAUCGAACACACACUGGAGAGAAGCCUUAUAGCUGUUAUCAGUGUGGAAAGAGCUUUGCUGUAUCAGAAAAACUAACUAUACACCAGCGAACACACACAGGAGAGAAGCCUUAUAGCUGUGAUCAGUGUGGGAAGAGCUUUGCUGUAGUUUCCUCCCUGAUUAGACACCAUCGAACACACACUGGAGAGAAGCCUUAUAGCUGUUAUCAGUGUGGAAAGAGCUUUGCUCUAUCAGAAAAACUAACUAUACACCAGCGAACACACACAGGAGAGAAGCCUUAUAGCUGUGAUCAGUGUGGGAAGAGCUUUGCUGUAGCUUCCACCCUGAAUAGACACCAGCUAACACACAGUGGAGAGAAGCCUUAUAGCUGUGAUCAGUGUGGGAAGAGCUUUGCUGUAGUCUCCUCCCUGAUUAGACACCAUCAAACACACACUGGAGAGAAAACUUAUGUCUGUCUAUGUGGGAAGAGCUUUGCUCUAGCUUCCACCCUGACUACACACCAGCGAACACACACUGGAGAGAAGCCCUAUAGCUGUUAUCAGUGUGGCAAGAGCUUCAGUCAAUCAGUACACCUGAAUACACACCAGCGAACACACACAGGAGAGAAACCUUACAGAUGUGACCAUUGUGGAAAGAGCUUCAGUCAAUCAGUACACCUGAAUACACACCAGCGAACACACACCGGAGAGAAGCCUUACAGCUGUGAUCAUUGUGGAAAGAGCUUCAGUCAAUCAUUAAACCUGAAAACACACCAGCUAACACACACUGGAGAGAAACAUUAGAUAGA